AUGUCUAGGAUGGCUCGCUUUGGAGACGAUCUGCCUACCCGCUAUGGAGGUCCAGCGGGCGCUGGGAGAGGGGGAGCCCGGGCGGGAGGUCCCCCGGGCGGGCAAAGAAUGUACAAACAGUCGAUGGCGCAGAGAGCCAGGACAAUGGCUUUAUACAAUCCCAAGCAAACCAAACAGAAUUGUUUCACUGUCAACCGGUCCUUGUUCAUCUUCAGCGAGGACAAUGUCGUAAGGAAAUACGCCAAGAGAAUAACCGAAUGGCCUCCAUUUGAGUACCUGAUCCUUACUACCAUCAUUGCCAACUGCAUCGUAUUGGCCCUCGAGCAGCAUCUCCCUGCCAUGGACAAGACCCCCAUGUCUGAACGUCUGGACGACACAGAGCCUUACUUUAUUGGAAUAUUCUGUUUCGAGGCCGGCAUUAAGAUCAUCGCCUUGGGCUUCGUGUUUCACAAAGACUCCUACCUACGCAACGGGUGGAACGUAAUGGACUUUGUGGUCGUUUUGACAGGGAUUUUAACCACAGUAGGUUCACAAUUUGACUUAAGGACGUUGCGAGCUGUUAGAGUGCUGAGACCCCUCAAACUGGUGUCAGGAAUUCCAAGUCUUCAAGUAGUAUUAAAGUCCAUAAUGAAGGCCAUGGUUCCUCUUCUUCAGAUUGGACUUUUGCUCUUCUUUGCCAUUGUCAUGUUUGCCAUCAUUGGUGUAGAGUUCUACAUGGGCAAGUUCCACUUCACCUGCUUUAAGCUGGGAACAGGAGAAAAGGUUGGUGAUUACCCAUGCGGUUCAGAGUCACCCUCGAGACUGUGUCCCAAAGGAACAGAGUGUAAAGAUGACUGGAAAGGACCCAAUUUUGGCAUCACAAACUUCGAUAACAUUCUCUUCGCCAUACUCACCGUCUUCCAGUGCAUCACUAUGGAAGGAUGGACUGAUGUACUAUACCAUGCCAAUGAUGCCUCUGGGAACACCUGGAACUGGCUCUACUUCAUUCCUCUCAUCAUCAUCGGCUCCUUCUUCAUGCUUAACCUUGUCCUGGGUGUCUUAUCAGGGGAGUUUGCCAAAGAAAGAGAGCGAGUGGAGAAGAGGCAGGAGUUCUUGAAGCUCCGUAGACAGCAACAGAUUGAAAGAGAGCUCACCGGCUACCUGGAAUGGAUCUGCAAGGCGGAGGAGGUAUUGCUGGCAGAGGAAGACCAGAAUGCGGAGGAGAAAUCCCCUCUGGAUGGAGCAUGGUACAAGAGGAAACAGAACAACCCAGUCCUGAAAAGAGCAAAGACCAGAAAGGGUAGAAACGACCUCAUCAGUGCUGAAGAGGGAGAGGAACAUUUCACAGACAUCUCCUCUGUUGCACCCCCUGGAUCACCCUUUGCCAGAGCUAGCCUGAAGAGCAGUAAGAACGAUAGCUCCUCGUACUUCCGUCGUAAGGAAAAGAGGGCACGUUUUUUCAUUCGGCGGAUGGUGAAGGCACAGAGUUUCUACUGGAUCGUUCUGUGUUUGGUGGGACUGAACACGCUUUGUGUGGCCAUUGUCCACUACGACCAGCCUGAAUGGCUCACCAAAGCCCUGUACCUAGCAGAGUUUGUGUUCCUGGGUCUGUUUCUGACAGAAAUGACUCUGAAGAUGUAUGGCCUUGGGCCCAGAAACUACUUUCACUCCUCGUUCAACUGUUUUGACUUUGGGGUAAUUGUGGGGAGUAUAUUUGAGGUGGUGUGGGCAGCAAUCCAGCCUGGUGCAUCUUUUGGGAUCAGUGUUCUGAGAGCCCUUCGUCUGCUUCGAAUCUUUAAAGUAACCAAAUAUUGGAACUCUCUGAGGAAUCUUGUAGUUUCUCUGUUGAAUUCCAUGAAGUCCAUCAUAAGCUUGCUCUUCCUCCUCUUCCUUUUCAUCGUGGUGUUCGCCCUGUUGGGCAUGCAGCUCUUCGGGGGCCAGUUUAAUUUUGAAGAUGAAACACCCACAACAAACUUUGACAGCUUCCCUGCAGCCAUAAUGACAGUCUUCCAGAUUUUGACAGGAGAGGAUUGGAAUGCAGUGAUGUAUCAUGGGAUCGAGUCUCAGGGUGGCGUCCGAAGUGGAAUGUUCUCCUCUGUCUACUUCAUUGUUCUUACACUUUUUGGAAACUAUACACUUCUCAAUGUAUUCUUGGCCAUCGCUGUGGAUAACCUUGCCAAUGCACAGGAGUUGACAAAGGAUGAAGAGCAGCAAGAGGAGGCAGCAAAGAAGAGCAUGGCUCUUCAAAAGGCCAUGGAGGUGAAGGAGGUCAGCCCCAUGUCUGCAGCCAACAUCUCCAUAGCAGCUUUUGUAAAGCAAAAUCGAGAUGCAAUCUCUCGCAGGUCUUCAGUCUGCAGCGUUCACUCACCUAAAGAGCAGCAGAGAUCUCUGCAGAAGAUGUCCAUAUGGGAGCAGCGCACCACCCAGCUGCGUAGACACAACCUGCGCAGCAGCAGCGAGGCCCUUUACAACGAACUAGAGCCUGAAGAGCGUCUGCGUGUGUCUUCUGCACUGCAUCUCCGUCCCGACAUGAAGACCCACCACGAUCGCCCGCUGGUAGUGGAGCACCGAGACGACACUACAGACAAUCCCAGACCCCUAGAAGGGAGAAGUGAUGAAGAUGGGGAGACUCCAGAAUGUCAACCGUCCACCGCCCACCCACGGAAACACCAUCGAUGUAGAGGUGAAAACGGAGAUGCAGGGGAGGGGCGACACCACAGACACCACAGCCGAAAUAGAGAGAACCAGGGGGGCCUGGAGCGCUCCUGCAGCCAGGACGGAGGUCAUAGGCACCACCAGCACAUGACUGGAUCUCCAGAGGAGGGUGUGGGGUUGGAGGAGAGAGAACACAGACGCCAUCAUAGUCGCAGCCCCCGAGAGGCUAAUGGAAGUGGCAAUGGCAAGAUUGGUAAUGGAGGCAGGGGCGAGAGUAAGGUACGAGGACACAGAGAAGGGGAGGGAGGGAAUGGAGACAGGAGGAGACAUCGGCCACGUGUUAAAGCCCAAUCCACGCUGGAUGGAGAGGAUUGCUGGGAGAAUGGGGGGAGAGAGGGCCCUAAAGCCUCAGGACACAGGGGCAGACAUACAGAAAUGGGGGAAGACAGUGUAGCCACCAGCCCUCUCCAGUCUCCUACUGAAGAGAAACCAGAAGACACAGAUAAUCUAAAGAACAGCACCAGAGCCGGCCCAACUGGAGUCAACAUCCCUGUCACCAUAACUGCCCCACCAGGAGAAACCACAAUAAUUCCCAUGAACAACUUUGAUGGUGACAGCCAACAACUGAACGAGGAAAAGAAAGAUCUGGAUGAUCUAAAUCUGAAUACACCCAAACAAAUCCUACCAUACAGCUCCAUGUUUGUGUUUGGUCCAGCUAACCCAGUGCGGCAACUGUGCCAUUACGUGGUCAACCUACGUUACUUUGAGAUGUGUAUUCUAACGGUCAUCACCAUGAGCAGCAUUGCGCUUGCUGCUGAAGACCCUGUGCAGGCCAAUGCCCCUCGCAACAACGUACUGAAAUACUUAGACUACGUCUUCACUGGCGUGUUCACAUUUGAGAUGGUUAUAAAGAUGAUCGAUCUUGGGCUGCUCUUGCAUCCUGGGUCUUAUUUCCGGGACCUAUGGAACAUACUGGACUUCAUCGUAGUCAGCGGUGCUCUGGUGGCCUUUGCCUGCUCGAGCUUCAUGGGAUCGCAACAAAGCAUUACAAGAGGGACCAAAGGCAAGGACAUCAAUACCAUCAAAUCCCUCAGGGUCCUUCGAGUCCUGAGGCCCUUGAAGACCAUCAAACGUUUACCCAAACUCAAGGCCGUGUUUGACUGCGUGGUGAACUCGUUGAAGAAUGUCCUCAAUAUCCUCAUUGUUUACAUCCUCUUCAUGUUCAUCUUUGCGGUCAUUGCCGUGCAGCUUUUCAAGGGGAAGUUCUUUCAUUGCACUGAUGAGUCCAAAGCACUGGAGAAAGACUGCAGGGGUCAGUUCCUGGAGUAUGGCAAUGAUGGAGUGGCCAUGACGCAGCCGCGGGAGUGGAAGAAGUAUGAUUUUCAUUAUGACAAUGUCCUGUGGGCCUUCCUGACCCUGUUCACCGUCUCCACAGGAGAGGGCUGGCCAACAGUAUUGAAACACUCUGUGGACGCCACGUAUGAGGACCAGGGUCCCAGCCCAGGUUACCGAAUGGAAACCUCCAUCUUCUACGUGGUCUACUUCAUCGUCUUCCCCUUCUUCUUCGUCAACAUCUUUGUGGCCUUGAUCAUCAUUACUUUCCAGGAGCAGGGAGAUAAAGCGAUGUCAGAGUGCAGCUUGGAAAAGAACGAGCGAGCCUGUAUAGACUUUGCCAUCAACGCCAAGCCUCUGACACGCUACAUGCCAGUGGACAAGCAAUCUUACCAGUACAAAAUGUGGAAGUUUGUGGUGUCCACUCCGUUUGAGUACUCCAUCCUGACCAUGAUCGCCAUCAACACAGUGGUCCUUAUGAUGAAGUUCCACAAAGCCCCUGAACCAUAUGAGGACAUGUUGAAGUGGCUGAACACCAUCUUCACGGCUCUCUUCACUCUGGAGUGCAUCCUCAAGGUCAUCGCCUUCGGUCCUCUGAACUACCUGAAAGAUGCAUGGAACAUUUUUGACUUUGUUACUGUGCUGGGGAGCAUCACAGACAUCCUGGUCACAGAGAUCAAGGACAAGAGGAUUAAUCUGAGUUUCCUGAGACUUUUUCGGGCCGCUCGUCUGAUUAAACUCCUGCGGCAGGGCUACACCAUCCGCAUCCUGCUCUGGACAUUCGUUCAGUCCUUCAAGGCUCUGCCGUAUGUGUGUCUUCUCAUCGCCAUGCUCUUCUUCAUCUACGCCAUUAUUGGGAUGCAGGUGUUUGGUAAUAUCGAGUUGACCGAAGAGUCGGCCAUCAACCAUCACAAUAAUUUCCGCACCUUUUUUCAGGCUCUCAUGCUGUUGUUCAGGAGUGCUACAGGAGAAGGCUGGCACGAUAUCAUGCUGGCAUGUUUGAGUGACAGGCCAUGUGACCAGCUCUCCGGCUCCAGUGGGAAAGAGUGUGGCAGUGAUUUUGCUUACUUCUACUUUGUUUCUUUCAUCUUCCUCUGUUCCUUUCUGAUGCUGAACCUGUUCGUCGCUGUCAUCAUGGAUAACUUUGAGUACUUGACACGUGACGCUUCUAUUCUCGGGCCUCAUCACCUUGAUGAGUUCAUCCGCGUUUGGGCUGAGUACGACCCUGCUGCCUGUGGACGCAUGUCCUACCUCGAUAUGUACGAGAUGCUUCUACAUAUGUCCCCUCCGCUAGGUUUGGGAAAGAAAUGUCCACCACGAAUCGCCUACAAGCGGUUGGUGAGGAUGAACAUGCCCAUAGCUGAAGACAACACGGUUCACUUUACCUCUACUCUAAUGGCUCUCAUUCGGACUGCCCUGGAGAUUAAGUUGGCAUCAGGAGUUCUGGCUCAGCGGCUUUGUGAUGCUGAAUUAAGGAAGGAAAUAAACAAAGUGUGGCCGAACUUAUCUUCAAAAACCGUGGAUCUGCUGGUGACACCUCAUAAACAUAAUGAGUUAACAGUGGGAAAGGUCUAUGCUGCUCUGAUGAUCUUUGACUACUAUAAGCAGAACCGAACCAAGAGGCUCCAACAGCAGCAGGCUGCUGCAGGCACACAGAGUAAAGUAGGAGUUCUCUUCAGACCAAUGCUUCCUCUCUCACAUUUACAUGAUCAGGAGCCAUUAGUGCCAGAAGCCCUGUCCUCCUGUCAAUCAGAUAUCACACCACAACAAGAGCCCCUGCCCACAUCAUUUCACCUAAACAACGGAAAUGCAGUACAAAGCCAGAGCAGUGCCAUGAAAAAGUCUUCUUCGGGAGACACAUCUCAGGAAGUCGCACAAGAAACAAACAGAAAGACAGUCCAACGUAUCCAAUCAGUUGACGUGCCAAACAUAUACAAAUCUCAGGAAUUAGUAGAGAUGACUGACAUGGAGAAUGACUCUGAUAUUGGUGGGUACCCUGUGCUUGAGGGUCACGGCAGAGCUGCCUCUAUGCCCAGACUUAACGCUGGCUUUCAGCGGAGCCACUUGCGCCACACCGCCGGAACGUACCUAGCACCUAUCGCUGACGUGAGCCCCAUGCGGCGUUCUACAUCCUCGUUAACUCCUCAAAGAAGGGUGCAGGAGGUCAGUUUGAACGAUUAUGACUUGGAGCGGCCAGGCCAGACACCCACUCAGGAGAGAGACAGGGAGAGAGCCAAUCAUCAUCAUCACCAUCAUCAUCAUCGCUGUCAGAGACAUAGAGACAAGAAGCACAAAUCACUGGAUCGAGCCAUCAGUGAGGAGCAGCCACCAUCUGCAGUAGAUCCAAACACUGAAUCAUUUCCGAGGGAACGAGAACGAGACCGUGGACGCUCUCAUGAGAGGAAGAACCAUUCAUCUUCAACAGCGGUAAGGAAGCAACGAUACUACUCGUGUGAUCGUUACGGCAGCCAUGAACACGGCUACAGCGUGUCAGCCGGACCCAGCAGAUCAACAUCGCCGGGAGAACCACACAACCCAAACAGGCUUAAACAGGGAAGUAGCACAUCUAAAGGAAGUUCAAUCGUUCAUACCUCAGGCACCAGCACACCCUGCCGUGGGCGUAGACAGCUCCCACAGACACCCCUCACCCCCCGGCCUGCUGUUACCUACAAGACUGCCAACUCUUCCCCGGUCCAGCUCAACACUGCCCAGUCUACCGGGCCCUGCCACACUGGCCUUAGUCGUGGCCUAUCAGAGCACAAUGCCCUAAUCAGCGGCAACGGCCACCACCAAUCCCCUGUGCCUGUCACUCGAAUCGGCUCCGAUCCCAGCUUAGGUCCCCUACAGCAGGACUCGCACUUGUCUGAAGCGGAUGACUUCCAGGAUGCCUUGAGUACGUACGGCACAGGACGCUCACCCAGGACUGCAGCCUCCGUUGUCCACACGUCGUUAGGUGCGGCUCCCACUUCCGUGCUGCUUUCACGCAGCCAGAGUGGAGUGCCCAACGGAUAUCACUACUCCCUUGGAGUAAGUGCGGCCACUGGGGUGAGUGGCAGAGCUUCUGGAAGCUACAAAGAGACUGAAAGAGAUGAGUGGUGUUAGCAUGACAGCAUGCAGGAUUUAAUUUAGCAUGAGUAUCAUCUUUGACUUAAAAUGGUGGCGAACAGUGGAGACCUACAAAAGGAAUUAUAAGGAAAUUCCAUCCACACUUACACAAUUUUAACUCCUUUUUUCGGAAGAAGCAGACUUUCCUGUCACUGUUUACGAAAGUAGCAGCAAGAUGGAAGGCUUUACAAAUUAAUAUGAGUAUUUGAUACAUUUCAACACAGUGUUGAAGGAAAGAAGAGUUUAGCCUCAAGUGACACAUUCCCACCUCUUUUAAUGUCAUUAAUGCUGUUUCCACAAUGGUCAAGUGCACGGAGAUGGUCACAUGAGCUGUACCUGUGAUCAAGACCUCAGACCUCAGAGGAGCACACCUAAAAACACAAGCUAUGAUGAAAACACUGGCCUGCUAACACAUGUAUGAUAAAAGUGACCUGCUCUAGACAUUUAGUUGUUGAGAAUUGAGAGGCUGUUUAGAUACUUUGCACAGGACAUGAUGACUUAAAAGUUAUUUCUAGGAAUUUUAAGUUGUGCUGCUGUUAAAUUCUAAGGGGCCGUUCACUGUGAACACGUUUUUUUUUGUCUGUCUGCACUGUUUAUGAAUAGUUUUUUUCUAUGUUAACACCGUUGACGAUUGCGCCAUCUUUCUUGCAGGAGCGCCACGUUUUUUUAGACGCUGUGUCAGGUUAAAAAGAAAAUCAACUUUUAAAAAUGCAUCUCGAGACACCUGUGUUUUGUUCUAUUUGUUGUUCUGCGUCUAGCUUUUUUUUUUUUUUUGCACAAGAACGCGUUCUGUCUAAACGGCCCCUUGGUCUUUCUCUGGUGUGAGUGGAAUAAAUGGUCUUCUGCCACCAACUAAAAAAAAAAGGCCAAAUUGUACUUACUUUUCUAUCAGACUGCCGUAGAUCGAAUAUCUUUUCACAGUGUUCCAUUUUGUACCUUGUAAAUGAUCUGAGUGUAGCUUGACAUUACGUAAGGUCUAAUCCCUUUCUUACUCUCAAGAGGUAAGAUACCAAGUGCCUAAACUUUGAGAUUUAUUGCCACAUCUGUGUGAUGCAUUAUGAAGCAUUAUAACCUAAGAGAGGCAAUGAACAGAUGCUGUAUGCUGUAGGUAAAUGUCACUGAUACAUGUUUUUUUUAAUGGACUUUAGCAUGUAUUUGAAGAAAGAGAUUUUGGCAUUGCACAAAACAGAGGCUGUAGCGUUAUAAAGAUAGUUUAGGUGGACGUUGAUGAUGUUGAUCUUUUAAAAAUAUUUGCUUGAAAUGAUGCAGGGGAAAAUAGAUAGAACAUAUAGUUUAAAUGCUAAUGAAAUUGAUUUAUGCAGGAUUGAAUAUGUUGAAAGGAUGUUUGAGGGUUGUACUUCAUGGUUGCUGUUGGUGUGUUGUUUCCAGAGAGCAUAUUUUGUGGCCAUGCCUUUCUCUUUCAGUAUUUGGUUGGAGUAAGAGGGUGAGAAGGAUCGACUUCUUGUAAGGAGAAUUCAUAAAGGUGCACUCUGCACUGUGUAUUAUUAUCCACACAAAAUAUAUACAGUGCCACCUCUUUGAAAUAAAGAGUAUGUUGUAUUCUCUCGAUUAGUGUUAUAUUGUAAUAUUUGUUAUUAUAGUUAUUUAAAUCAAGAACAAGGAUUUUGCUCUGCUGAUCUUAUCCAUAGUUUGUUGACUUCCACCUCGUCUUUCCGAGUCAAGGCGUUUAUUAGAUAGGGUGGGAUCUCUUCACUCUAGGGUGAGUCUGCAAUUUACCCUUCCCUAAGCCCCGCCAUAAAAACAUUACUUAUGCAUCUAACCUUAGCAACUGCUGUCAUUUGCUGUAAUAUCAGACAAGCUUUUGCUCUAUUCUAAUGCAAGUUUUGGGAAGUCCUGUUAAUAUGGAUUGUUUUAAACUGUAUUUUACUGAAGUUAUCCCCUCAAAAAUAUGGUAAAACAUUGUUCUUGUGAACAAUGAAACCCAGAGAGGAUAAAUAAAUAAUUUCCCCCUCCUUUUUCCAAAUCUUAAAAUAGAGGUGCAUGCUGUGGACUACCUGUAAACUGUCAUCAUUCACAAAGGAACAUGUGUAAAAUCAGCAAAGACUGAUAGGUAAAUUAAUGUCACUAAUUUAAUAUUAAUUAAUUUAUGUAUUGAUUCAGGUCACAGAAGUGGUGAUAGUUACUAAAGAGCUCAUAACACCAUUGUGAGACAUUAGGAACAGUUCUCUUCACUUACACUGAUGUUAUCUAUUGUGUCUGUUUAUUUGACUGUGAUAAAUGUUUGCUUCGAUUCUGAUUUGCAGUCUUGGGUGUUUCUAAACACGUUACUAUGUAAUUUAAUAAUUUUGAGAAAUAGCAGAUAAAAAUGCUUUGCAAUGAUGAUACUUGAUUCCAGCCAACUUAAGAAUAUCGUCCAUUUGAUUUUUUACACAUUUUACUGAAAAUCAUGCUGUUUAUCGAAAUCCCAAUUCAGUUUUAACCCCCUGAUACCCGAGUGUGGCUGCUGUGUGGAUUUUCCAUUUCCCUUUUUGAUUUGUAACUAGUAGCACCUAAUAAACGUGCAAAAAACAAACAAACAAACAAAACAAAAAAAUUCUAGCGCAAAUAGUUUUAAUAAAAAUCGAUGUCCACAUAUGUGGACAGCAGGACUAAGUUGUGAAAUUUUAAAUAAUACCAAGCUAUAGAAAGUCUGAUUUGUUUUUUGUUUUUUUAAUCAUAUAGUUUAUUAUCUUUCCAGGAGUGUUGGUUAAUUAUGUUUUUGAGAUGUUACAGACUUCACAUCAGAAAUUAGCAAAACUAGUUCUGAUUUAAAGUAAUGGCCAGCAUCAUCCAAUCACUGCCAAUCAUCCUAAAAUAAAAUUAUACAGUACAUUAUAAAUUCUGAAUCUUUGUACUGAUUACCAUUGUCCCAUGUCUGCCAAAAAUGUUGAGUGGUCCAAACAUCAUCUGCUGCCUGAAACUGAACUUUUGGUUGGAUUUUAGGAGUGAAUGCACUUAGCUGCAUAGGAAAGCUAUAGGAUGCUCCCUUGAUCCCUAUGUAGUGAAUAACUUGCAGUCUGUCUGCACUGGUCUCAGAACAGUUCGAAAUGCACCUUAUUUUCAUCCUAACUCCAUAUGAAGCCCCCAUCUCAAUGUGAAAAUACAUAGUAAAAAUAGGAUUUCUAAUGGAAAAACUUGCCCUAUUGUUCACUCUAGUGGUCAUUGUGUUGAACAGCAUUCCGUUUCGCAAUAAAUUGCUCAAAUUUUAAAAAUGGCAUAUCAGAAGAAAUUAGAGACUCUAAUCUUUUGACUCAAACAAGUUUCAAUGUAAAAACUUGAGGUUUCUUACCAGAUAUAGUUUUGUUGGCAUUUCUCCCGAAGACAAACUCCGCUGUGGUCAGCGCCAAAUUGUUUUGUCACAUGACUCUGUACGUCGAAUAUUUAACCCUUUACUGACAGUCGAGAGUCUCCUGAACUGAAAUCAGUUGGGUAAAUUAAUUUAAAUUAUGUGUUGUGUAUAGCGAAGCUUAAACACAAUGUCUGUGCAGAAGGACGCAGGGUGGCACGAGGCUAUGGGCCAUUCUGUAAAGCUUGUCUAAGCAAGCAGCAGUAACCGAGGUGGGCGGGGCUUAGUGAAGGUAGAGUUAUGUGUACUGUAAAUGCAGGGAAAUGUUGACUGUUGACAUACAGUAGGGUUAUGCAACAAAAUGACACUUUAGGACUGCUCCUCAUCCUGUAGGUAAAGACCUGCACUCUACAGACUCCAGCUUUAGCACCAGUGGGACCAAUUCUUUGCUUCACAGAGAUCUUAAUAUACAGAAUGUGUUGCUCACUAACAAAAUACAGCAGGGUCAAAUUACCCAACAUAAGUUUUUGCCGAUAACGCUAUUGAUCUGCCCUUAAAAGUAAACAAUAUGUAGUGGUAUUCCUUUUGGUUGCACUAGGAGGUGAACUGAUGUUGUUACUUAAAGUGUACGCAACCUGUCGCAAAAAAAGGAGGGAUACUAUAAAGAUAUUUGAUUUUUUUUUUUUUUAAGUAUGUGAUGUCACAGUGAACUGCCUUUUGCCACCUUUUUCUUAUUUUGGGAUGGAUGGAGUGUUGUGGACCCAACAGUUCUUUGACUGUCCCAGAAUUUAGACAUCAUCUUUCCUCUUGAAAACAUUUUCUGCCACGUGCCAAAUUUCUUACAGCACUAGUUUGUGUCCUCGUGCUGUUUUUGUUCAUCCGCCCUGUGGCUAUAUCCUUGGAUGAUGUCAUGUUUGCAUGUUAUGAUGACAUAUGUGCAUGUAGGAAAUUGUAUACCUUCAUCCAUGUUUUUCUAUGAGGAGUUAAUUGGUUGUUGAGUUUUUUUUUAAAAACAAUCUUUGAUACACUUACCCCCAGAUUUCUGGGAGAAAAUUAGAAGACCCUACUCUUCUCAAUUUGUUGUAAAAGAAUUGUUAACCACAAUGGAGCAAUGCAACGAGGCCACAGAUGAAUGUGAGUGCCUCACUGUUUUGACUUAAUGAUCGGUCUAUGAUGCCAUAUUUCUCUCAUUCUUAUCAUAAUUUCUACCAUUUACAUUUUGUAUGGAAACAAACAUCACUGAACUGAAAGAUAUAUGGAAAUAAAACUUGG